UCUCUGAACACCUUCAUUAACCACCUUAAUCCUAAACCAAAUGGCUCUUUAAAAAUCAAAGCCAGCUUCUCAUCAUCAUUUUGAUUUCACUGUCUUCGUGUCUUAACCAAGAAGAAGAAGAAGCAGAGGAAAGGCUGUAUACCUUUCCUUCUUCUUUCCGUUUCCCCAGCUUCUGUAGUUUACCGGAAGAGAAAAGCAAGAUGAGUCCACGACAGGAUCUUCUGAAAACGACGGCGUUCUUCAUAUACCCGGAGAAGCCACGUGACAUGGUCGUGCUUAUCACCCGAAUCGCCCUUCUCAUCUGCCUCUUCACCUCCAUUGCUCUCGUCCUUUACGUCUCCUUCUCGAACCGGCCAUACCCUUUUAUUCGGUUCACUUCCCUGGACCUGAAAAUCGGCUCUGAAACUCCCGACAAUGCCCCGACCAACAUCUCGCAUCUCCUCUUCGGCAUCGGUGGCUCAGCCAAGACUUGGAAAGAACGACGCGCUUUUAGUUCGCUCUGGUGGGACGUGGAAUCCACUCGCGGGUUUUUCUGGCUUGAUGAAAAGCCCGACGAGACCGGGACCUUUAACGGUUUUGAUGCGGAAGCGGGAGUUUCGUUGCCUUAUCGGAUAUCGGGUCCGGAAUGGACCCGGUUUAAGUAUUCGAGUUCGAGAUUUGCCGUUCGGGUCGCCCGAAUAAUAUACGACAGUUUUAACUUGAAGUUGCCUAACGUGAGGUGGUUCGUGAUGGGUGAUGAUGAUACUGUGUUUUUCACUCAUAACUUAGUUUCUGUCUUAGCGAGGUAUGAUCAUCAUCAAAUGUGGUACAUCGGAGGAAACUCGGAGAGCGUAGAACAAAACGUAAUGCAUGCAUACGACAUGGCGUUCGGAGGGGGAGGUUUCGCCGUGAGUUACCCAUUGGCGGAGAAAUUAGUCAAAGUAUUGGACGGUUGUCUCGAAAGGUACUAUUAUUUUUACGGCUCUGAUCAAAGGAUAUGGGCAUGCAUCAGUGAGAUUGGGGUGCCACUCACCCGAGAACCCGGGUUUCAUCAGUUUGAUAUUAGAGGGGAUCCAUAUGGUCUGCUAGCAGCCCAUCCUAUGGCACCACUUGUCUCAUUACAUCACCUUGAUGGCUUGGUGCCCAUGUUCCCCAACAAGACCCGGAUAGACUCCUUGAAGACAUUUAUGAAAGGGUACCGGGUCGACCCUGACCGGAUCCUCCAGCAAAGUUUCUGCUAUGACAGCAAGAGGAAAUGGUCAAUUGUAAUUGCAUGGGGCUACACCAUUCAGAUAUAUCCACGGGUGGUGACUGCAUCUGAUCUGCAUAUGCCACUGCAGACUUUUAAGACAUGGAGGAGUUGGAGCAAUGGACCUUUCACAUUUAAUACCCGACCCAUGCCAGCUGACCCGUGUGAAUGGCCAAUUGUUUAUUUCCUGGACCAGGUCGACGAGGUUAGCACGAGUGGAACCCGGACCAGGUACAAGAUAGCCAAGUCUGGGAAAACGUGUAAUAGAACACACUAUGGCCUUGCAAUGGCUGUGAAUAGCAUCACAGUUUCUUCAAUGAAGAUGGCUCCAGAUUAUUGGCAAAAGGCACCACAUAGACAAUGCUGCGAGAUCAUGGAUCGAGGAAGCAUAAAGAGUGGAAGCAUGCGAAUUAGGAUUCGGAAUUGCAGACAAUCGGAAACAACUACUAUCUAGAGGUAGGCAGUGCAGGCCUGAGAAUUUUCUACUUAUGUAAAUACUCACUUACACGAGAGUAUCGUUAGUAUCUAGGAUUUUUAAUGGCCAUUUUUCGGGUAGAGGAACCUACACUCCCCUUUCUUUUCUCAUUUUAUUUCCAAUGCGCACUUGCGCGUGCAUGUAUAUAUCUAUUGCCAAGAAUAACGUUGAUGAAAAAUGACUCGGGAGAGUGAUACUUGACCUUUUCGAGAAAGGAGAAAACUUUUGCUUGUUGUAUGCAGCAUUCAAGUGAAAAUGAGUAU